AUGGCGUGUGCUUAUCGCCUAAUCAAUCACUCAAAAAAGUUACGAAAUGUUUCCAGCUUAAUGCCGCAUGAGCAUGCCAGGUUGGUUCGGUGGUUGUCAAAUGAUUCUCAUCUCUCUGCUGGUAAAAGAGACGGUGCAAGUUCUUUUUUGCCAGAUGCUUGGAAAGUUACGGAAAAAAGGAGGUACUCUAGCACUGCUGCUAAUAGCACUGUGACUUCAUUUGGUGCAUCUAAGAAAGAUGUUUCUAGGACGAUAAUGAAAGUGAGAAACCCAAUUGCUGGACCACUAUUUACAAAGGAUUUUUCUUGGUACACUGGAAGAGAGGAUUUUCAUCUGAUUCAGGGUAAUAUAGUAAGGUGGUUGAAGAAGGAGGGUGAAAAGAUGUCUCCUGGUGAAGUACUCUGUGAAGUUGAAACUGAUAAAGCAACUGUUGAGAUGGAAUGCAUGGAAGAAGGUUAUCUUGCAAAGAUAUUAAAGGAAGAUGGGUCAAAAGAAAUUAAAGUUGGCGAGGUAAUUGCUAUUACUGUCGAAGAAGAGGAAGACAUUGCAAAAUUUAAGGAUUACAGUCCUUCAACAUCAGGAAGUGAUGCUACUUCUGCUAAAGAGGCAUCUGCUCCUACUACUCCUGCGCCACCCAAGAAGGAGGUUGAAACACCUGCUAUUUCACCAGAACCAAAGAUUUCCAAGCCCAGUGCAGCUCCUGAUGGAGAUCGUAUUUUUGCCAGUCCUCUUGCAAGAAAAUUGGCUGAAGAUCAUAAUGUACCCCUCUCAAGCAUCAAAGGAACUGGUCCUGAUGGCCAUAUUGUGAAGGCUGAUAUUGAAGAUUACUUGGCUUCACGAGGAACAGAAGUUCCGGCAACAAAGCCUGUGACCAAGGACACCUCAGCUCCUGCUUUAGAUUAUGUAGACAUCCCUCAUUCUCAAAUAAGAAAGGUGACAGCUUCACGCUUAUUAUUCUCAAAGCAAACCAUUCCUCAUUAUUAUUUAACAGUGGAUACAUGCGUCGACAAACUUAUGGGUUUGCGGAGCCAUCUCAAUUCGUUACAAGAGGCUUCAGGUGGGAAGCGAAUAUCAGUAAAUGAUCUUGUAAUCAAGGCUGCUGCUUUGGCUCUUAGGAAAGUUCCCCAGUGCAAUAGUUCAUGGACUGAUAACUAUAUCCGUCAGUAUAAUAAUGUUAAUAUCAAUGUAGCAGUACAGACAGAUAAUGGACUAUAUGUCCCAGUUAUUAGGGAUGCAGACAAGAAAGGUCUGUCCAAAAUUUCUGACGAGGUGAAGAAUUUGGCCCAAAAAGCAAAAGAGAAUAGCUUGAAACCAGAAGAUUAUGAGGGAGGCACAUUUACUGUUUCCAACUUGGGAGGGCCCUUUGGCAUCAAGCAAUUUUGUGCGAUCAUUAAUCCUCCUCAAUCAGGCAUUCUAGCGGUUGGGUCUGCUGAGAAGAGGGUUGUUCCUGGUUCGGGUCCUGAUGAUUUCAAAUUUGCUUCCUUCAUGUCAGUAACACUAAGCUGUGAUCAUCGUGUUAUAGAUGGUGCAGUUGGUGCCGAAUGGCUAAAAGCAUUCAAAGGUUACAUUGAGAAUCCUGAGUCAAUGUUGCUGUAG